AUGACCCCCGUCCGGGGGGCCGUGGAGCUGGAUGGAGUGGACAUUCGCUCUCUGGACCCGUCAUGGCUAAGAGGGGAAGUCAUCGGAUUCAUCAAUCAGGAGCCCGUCCUGUUUGGCACAACCGUCCUGGAGAAUAUUCGCUUCGGGAGGCCGGAAGCUUCUGAUGCCGAAGUCUUCGAAGCUGCGAAGUUGGCGAACGCUGAUGGCUUCAUCCGGAACUUUCCAGAUGGCUAUAGGACCGUGCUGGGUGAGCCUCGUAGGCAGCCCCCCCCCCAUGGAUCACUUACCUGCGGCCAGGACCGUGCUGGGUGA